CCCCUCCUCCGCGGGCGGCUCCCGGCUGGGGUGGUCGCCCAGAUCUCCGCUCCGGCUGCGCCUGCGACUCCGGCUCCGACUCCCUCCACGACUCCGGCUCCGGCGUCGCAGCGCAGCCUCCGCCAGGCCCCUCCAGCUCCUCGGACAUGGCCAACAGCGAGCGCACCUUCAUCGCCAUCAAGCCGGACGGCGUGCAGCGCGGCCUGGUGGGCGAGAUCAUCAAGCGCUUCGAGCAGAAGGGAUUCCGCCUCGUGGCCAUGAAGUUCCUUCAGGCCUCUGAGGAGCUCCUGAAGCAGCAUUACAUAGACCUGAAAGACCGCCCUUUUUUCCCUGGGCUGGUGAAGUACAUGAACUCUGGGCCGGUUGUUGCAAUGGUAAGCACUUAGCCGAGGAGGGAAGCAGGGAAGUGAGGCCGGUGUAUGACUGGGCUUGGUCAGUCCCUGAGUGUGUCUUUUUUAGACCUAACAGGUGUUUUAGAACUUAAUAUUCCUAGAUUUAAAUUCUUGCGGUCCUCCAUCCCCAUUUUCUCCAUGAAAAACUAAAAUGUAAUUAUGUAACAAUAGGAACUGAAAAUUCUUGUAUUCCUAUGCUAUUCAUAUUCCUGUAUCUUAGUGUGGCAUUAAUGUUCGAUUAGAAAAAUUGUUAAGAAAACAGAUUUACUUCCUGUCCCUGGGAGGUGACCUUUUUUUUUCUGGGCUCUGUACUUGCACCUUGCAUGUCAGUGGUGAGGCUCUCACUGAGGUUCUUUCCACUGAUCCUAUUCAGGUCCAAUCAUUUCUGUCUGAUCACUGUUUCUUUGUAGUCUUUGUGGCUGCUUAAGAAUUGACUUACAAGU